AUGAGGAUUCGCCCGGGAUGCGCGGCUGCGCUAGCAGUGCUACUGCAUGCCGCUCUUGUGGCGAGCAAAGCGUUGGAUCAGAGUCCGUUGCAGCAACAGUCUCAGCCACAGUCUCAACAGCAAAUUCCGUAUGGAACGGAAGCACAGAAGAGAUGGGGUGGCGAUUUGGGUGGAGGCCACGGCGGUGACGCGAGUGGCUACGGUGGCGACAUCGGUGGCGGUUUAGGUGGCUACGGUGGCGACAUCGGUGGCCAUGGCGGUGACAUUGGCGGAGGUUACGGCCAUUCCGGAGGAGGUGACAUUGGCGGGGGCGUGGGUCACUCCGGAGGCGGCGACAUUGGCGGAGGUUUGGGACACUCCGGAGGUGGCGACAUCGGCGGAGGUUUGGGACACUACGGAGGUGGCGACAUAGGCGGCGGUUUGGGCCACUCCGGAGGUGGUGACAUUGGCGGCGGUUUGGGCCACUCUGGCGGCGGAGGAGACAUCGGCGGAUUUGGUCAUUCCGGAGGCGCGGAUGAGCAUCACGACGACCAUCACCACGACCACGGCUACUGGAAGAAGAAGCUGAUUUGGAAACCGGGCUGGAAGAAGAUCUGGAAGCCGGCGAAGAAGCAGAUCUGGAAGCCCGCGUGGAAGAAGAUCUGGAAGCCGGUGUGGGUGCCGACGCAGAAGGCCGUGUGGAAGGAGAUCCAGGUGCCGGCGUGGAAGAAGAUCUGGAAACCGGUGUGGAAGGAGAUACAGGUACCUGUGUGGAAGGAGAUCCAGGUACCGGCGUGGAAGAAGAUCUGGAAACCCGUAUGGAAGCCGAUCAAGGUCCCGGCGUGGAAGGAGAUACAGGUGCCAGCUUGGAAGAAGAUCUGGAAACCCGUCUGGAAGGAGAUCCAGGUGCCGGCUUGGAAGGAGAUCCAGGUGCCAGCCUGGAAGAAGCUCUGGAUACCGGAGUGGGUGAAGGUCGGGAUCCCCGGCGAGCAUUAUCACGGCACCGAUCACCACGGUUGGCAGUACACCAGCCACGACCUGUGGAAGAAGAAACUGAUAUGGAAACCGCUUUGGAAGAAGUAUUGGAAACCGGCGAAGAAGCAGAUCUGGGUACCUGACAAGAAGUUGGAAUGGGUGCCGGCGUGGAAGCAGAUCUGGAAGCCGGCCAAGAAGCAGAUCUGGGUGGACGACAAGAAGCUGAUCUGGAAGGAGGAGUGGAAGCAGAUUUGGAAACCGGCGAAGAAGCAGAUCUGGGUGCCCGACAAGAAGCUGGAGUGGAAGGAGGCCUGGAAGCAGAUCUGGAAACCGGACAAGAAGUUGGAGUGGAUACCUGAUAAGAAGCUAGCCUGGAAAGAGGCGUGGAAGCAGAUUUGGGUGCCAGCUUGGAAGGAGAUCUGGGUGCCAGCCUGGAAGAAGAUCUGGAAGCCGGUGUGGAUAUCGGAAUGGUUCCCCUCGGAGGACCAUCAUCAUCCUCAUCACGGAUGGGAGGAUCGCAAGGAUAGCCAGGCCAAAGGUACGGAAGCGGUAUCGAAGCUGAAGCCACAGGGUCUGCAACAACAGGUGGAUGAGAACAAGAUCAGGUGGGACAGAUCGUCCAAGACGGAAGCUCAAACGAUCAACCAGGAUCUGGUGCCGCCGCCAGCGUCGCAGAACCAGAGCGCCGCGAACUUCGCGUUCCCCGUUCAGUGA